AUGUGGUAUGUCUCCCAGCUCAACACUGUGGCCUACCUGGGCACUGGUGCCUCCACCACCUGCCCCAUGCUCAAAGACCAUCUCUGCACCUAUGAGCAACUCUACAUCAAUACCAUCAAGACACUGGAUAAGCAUGACCACAAUUUCUGCACUGGGGCAAUCCUUCCCUCCACACAGAUCUUCUCUGUGCACCAAGACUUGGACAAUUUCUCCAACAAAGAAGACAAUGUCAACAACUAA